AUGGCGACCAGUGAUCAGAGUGAUGAUUCGUUGUAUCCUAUUGCAGUUUUAAUCGACGAAUUAAGGAACGAAGAUGUUCAGCUUCGGUUGAACAGUAUAAAGAAAUUAUCCACCAUAGCUCUAGCACUUGGAGUGGACAGAACAAGAACUGAACUAAUUCCAUUUCUUACUGACACCAUUUAUGAUGAAGAUGAAGUCCUUUUGGCUCUGGCAGAACAACUUGGAAUUUUCACACCUUUAGUUGGUGGUUCUGAGUAUGUCCACUGUCUUUUGAAUCCAUUGGAAAGUUUGGCUACUGUUGAAGAGACGGUAGUCAGAGACAAAGCUGUUGACUCUUUAAGAGCCAUUGCUGCUCAGCACUCUCAAGCAGAUUUGGAGAACUACUUUGUACCUCUUGUCAAACGACUGUCGGGUGGUGAUUGGUUCACAUCCCGAACCUCAGCCUGUGGCCUCUUCUCUGUGUGCUAUCCUAGAGUAUCUACCAGCGUUAAAGCUGACCUCCGUCAAUGUUUUAAAACAUUAUGUGGCGAUGAUACUCCAAUGGUGCGCAGGGCAGCUGCUGGCAAGCUGGGUGAGUUUGCAAAGGUAGCAGAGACAGAAUACCUCAAGUCUGACUUGAUCCCAUUGUUCAACAGUCUGGCUCAAGAUGAACAGGAUUCAGUACGUCUUUUGGCUGUGGAAGCUUGCGUUGCUAUAGCAUCCUUGCUCAAUGCUGAAGAUGUUGAGCAACAUGUAAUGCCAACAUUACGACAAGCAGCUGAAGACAAAUCUUGGAGAGUGCGUUACAUGGUUGCUGAUAAAUUUACUGAUUUACAAAAAGCUGUUGGCCCUGAAAUUACAAAGAAUGACUUGGUACUGGCUUUUCAAGGACUUUUAAAAGACUGUGAAGCUGAAGUCCGUGCUGCAGCUGCACACAAGGUUAAAGAUUUUUGCCAGUAUCUUGCUCCUGAUGUGCGUGAAAGUUUGAUCAUGACAAAUAUCCUUCCAUGUGUUAAAGAGCUGGUCUCUGAUGCAAACCAACAUGUUAAAUCAGCAUUAGCUUCAGUCAUCAUGGGACUUUCACCAAUAUUAGGCAAAGAAAACACUAUAGAACAUCUUUUACCAUUGUUCCUGACACAGUUGAAGGAUGAAUGCCCUGAAGUUAGGUUAAAUAUCAUCUCUAACUUAGAUUGUGUUAAUGAAGUUAUUGGCAUUAAGCAGUUAUCACAAAGCCUCCUUCCAGCCAUUGUAGAGUUGGCAGAGGAUACCAAGUGGCGAGUGCGGUUAGCCAUCAUCGAAUACAUGCCCCUACUGGCUGGGCAGUUGGGUGUAGAUUUCUAUGAUGAGAAACUGAACACAUUGUACAUGAACUGGCUUAAUGAUUACGGUGAGUGGUUCCACCAUACCGUUAUUUUAGUUUAUUUUUUUUCACUUGUUUUGCAGGGUGUAGAUUUCUUUGAGGAGAAACUGAACACAUUGUGCAUGAACUGGCUUGUUGACCACGUAUAUGCUAUUCGGGAAGCUGCUACUUUAAAUUUAAAGAAGCUUGUUGAAAAAUUUGGUGUUGAAUGGGCCCAGAAGACUGUGAUUCCUAAAGUGCUGUAUAUGUCACGAGAUCAGAACUAUUUGCACAGAAUGACUUGUCUCUUUUGUAUCAAUCUGUUGGCUGAUGCUUGUGGUGCUGAAACCACCAUAAAGUUAAUGCUUCCCACUAUUUUGGGUAUGGCCUCUGACCCUGUGGCAAAUGUCAGAUUCAAUGUUGCAAAGACUGUGCAGAAGUUAGGUCCAAUGUUUGACCAAAAUACUAUUCAAUCUCAGUUGAAACCAACUUUGGAACAGUUAAAAAAUGAUGAAGAUGGAGAUGUCCAAUAUUUUGCAAUUGAGGCUAUAGAAGCAUUAAAGCUUUCCUAA